AUGCCCGUUCAGUCCAAGCCAAUCCCCGCCCUUUACACGGUGUAUAUCCUCCGUUCCACCGUACGCCACGCGUCUCUCUACAUUGGCUCGACUCCCAAUCCCCCCCGCCGUCUGAAGCAGCACAAUGGCGAGGCUCGCGGCGGUGCUGCUCGCACAUCUCGUCUGAGCUUGCGGCCCUGGGAAAUGGUUGGCCUGGUCUCCGGCUUUCCGGGUAGCAUCGCUGCUUUGAAAUUCGAGUGGGCGUUGACCAAUCCCCAUCUCUCCUUGCACAUACCUUCUGCGUCGCGAAUCGCCGUUUCGACUGGAGUGAAGAAGAAUGGCCACCCGCGCCGACCCCGCGCGAGCUUAGCCUCAAUUCUCUCCAACCUGCAACUCUUAUUAAGUGUUCCGAGCUUCUGUCGCUGGCCGCUGAAAGUCCACUUCUUCGCACGGGAUGUACACUCGGCUUGGCAGACCGCCGCUGCGGCCUCGACACAACCCCUCCGGAACUCCCUUCCCGUCGUCACCGACUUCGGCCCCGCCCCCGCGGCAUCUUCAGACGAAGAACCUAUGCCUUGGGGAAUCCAUGCCUUGCCGCUGGACCACGCGCCUAUGAAGGAAUACGUGGAAAAGGGUCAGUCAAUGACUUCGUUUGAGAGGGAGGGGAGCUGUGUUAUUUGUAAAGAAGAUCUGCCGCAUGGCAAGGGCCUGGUUGCCAUCUGUCCCAACGACGGAUGCGAAGGGGCCGGCCAUCUCUCAUGUUGGGGUCGUCAUUUCCUCCGCCGCGAAGAAGGCGCCCUCCAAGCCGUUGUCCCUAUUCAGGGUCGUUGCCCCCAGUGUCGGGGUGAGGUGCGGUGGGUCGACAUGAUGAAAGAACUGACGUUACGGGAGAGGGGCACCAAGGAGAUUGAAGCCCUUCUCAAGAAGAAAAGGAAGAGGGCGAAGAAGGCGUAA